GUCAGCGUGGGGCGCGCCCCCUGUCGCCAUUUUCCGCAAAAGCUCCCCUGUGCGAUUGUGAUGUCUUCUGAAAAUACCGUGGAGGGUGGGAGCAAUAAUUUUCUAUGUGUGAAACUGUUGCAAAUGGUGCUUCAACCCGACCACUGAUGUGUAAUAAAGUACUAUGUCCAGUUUGAAAAUCGCAUCGGCCCCCGGCAUGUAAUCGUCUCUCAUUGUUGUAGUGGUAGAAGCAUGAAUGUGGGCUAGCACUAGAUAGUUGUGCUUGUGGUCAUGUUGGAGACCAGAUCUGUUCGGGGAAUGCCAGAGCCUUCUUGGCAGUCUAAGAGUAAUUUCGGCGCUAAAUCGACCCCCCAUGCGAUGGCUGCACCAAACAUACGACAUGGCAAAACUGGGCAAGAUGACAUUUGCCAUGUUGUGGCCAAGUACGAUUACGCCGCACAGGGCCCCCAGGAGCUCGACCUCAGGAAGAACGAGCGCUAUUUGCUCCUCGACGACUCCAAGCAUUGGUGGAAAGUGCAGAAUUCGAGAAAUCAAGCCGGUUAUGUGCCAAGCAACUAUGUUAAGAAAGAGAAACCGUCACUUUUUGAUAGUAUCAAGAAAAAGGUAACGGUAAAAAAGGGCGCCGGCUCUAAAACCCUCCCUUCGAAUAACUCUCCCUCCCGGACGGUGGAAUCCCCCAGUAUGGCGCGUCGUCAAGCCGCCGAUCCCUCCGAAGCCAUCGGCACCGCCGUCGUCAAGUACAAUUAUCAAGCCCAACAACCCGACGAACUUUCCCUCGUCAAAGGUUCCCGAAUUCUCAUCUUGGAGAAGAGCAACGACGGCUGGUGGCGAGGUCAGAGCGGGAACGUCGCCGGCUGGUUCCCUUCGAACUACACCCAGGAGGAGGGCGACGCCGACGAUACCCUUCACACGUACGCGAUGGCAGAAAACGUGCUAGAUAUCGUCGUGGCGUUGUAUUCGUUCUCGUCGACAAACGACCAGGAGUUGUCUUUUGAAAAGGGCGACCGAUUGGAGAUUUUAGAUCGGCCUCCGAGUGAUCCCGAAUGGUACAAAGCGAGGAAUGCGCAAGGACAGGUCGGCUUGGUGCCGAGGAAUUACCUGCAGGAGUUGUCCGAGUAUUUGACUCAGCCGUUUCUCGACCGAAAACAGGAGCCGAUGGAGAGGUCGCAAGUGGCAAUGGGCGAUAAACCCCAUCUGGUGGACAAGCCGUGGUAUUAUGGGAGUAUCACGAGGUAUAUGUGUGAUAAUCUCCUGAAUCAGAGAGGACACGAUGGGGAUUUUCUCAUCAGGGAUAGUGAAACGAAUGUGGGGGAUUAUUCGGUGUCGCUGAAGGCCCCCGGACGCAACAAGCACUUCCGCGUCCACGUCGAGGGGGCGCUGUACUGCAUCGGACAACGAAAAUUCCACACGUUAGACCAACUCGUCGACCACUACCAGAGGGCGCCGAUUUACACGAACAAACAGGGCGAAAAAUUGUACCUCGUACGUCCAUUACCUAAGCCAACCACCAACGGAUAAAGACAGUUUUGAUUCUCUCUUUUUUUGUGUGUCACAAGUGACGUUAAAAACGAAAAAUCUGGUCAUUUUUAUGUAUAUUUUUUUAUUUCGUGAGCCAAGAGGGCGCGUGUAUUAUGUCAAAUACCAGUAGUCACAAGCACAACUAGUUCUCAGUGUUGAAGAAGAAGAAAACAUUGCAGCUUUUAUAUCGUCAAUACUCAUAACGUAGGUGUAAGGAUUGGUUGCUUCCGGAAAUUUCGAUGAUAUAAAGCCAAAAUGGAUAGUUAAGGACGGAAUUAUAUUUUUUGUAAACGAGUUUUGAUUGACUAGUGGUACAGUCUUAUUUUCCACUGUAUUUAUUAUACAUAAACGUAAUUAUAGGUAAUUGAUGUGAGAGUUUUUGUGAGUUUGAAUUAUUUAAUAAUAAAUAUAUGGUCUCAUCUUCUGAUUAUUUACAGGAACACACCCGUUCGAAUUAUUGUUAAAAAUCAAAUUAAUCGACUGUUGAAAUUAUUACAAAGUUGGAGAGUGUAAAAGUUUUUCUACUUUUUAUAAUUAAAAUUGUAAAAAAAUCAUAUCAUAAAUCAAAUAACUGCGCUUAGAUAGCUUGACAUUUUUUGAGUACCUUAUUGUAAUUUUUUUAUAACGAAGGCUCUUAGGACCAUUUAUUUACUCGAUAUGACGUAAUUAGGAUAAUUUUAAUCCUGGAGUUGGACACUCCAUACUCGGCCACAUUAGACGGUUAGUGAAUAAAUAGUUUAAGCUUUGUGACAACUUCUGUCAUUAAAAUAAUUGUGUGUAUUAUGUAAAUAAACAUGAGCCUGUAUGUCAAACGAGUAUUGCAUAUUUCUCAAUAUACUUAUACAAACCA